GGGAUGUUGUAACUAAAAUAGAUCUACGUUUAUAAAACUUACUUCCCAUUUGGCGUUUAUUCAGUAUCUCUCGUAUUGUUGUAUUGAACUGUUUAUUAUAUACAAAGGUGGUACUAUUCCGGAAUUUAAGAUUCUUCAACAUGGACAGUGAAUUAGAAAUUGGGGUUACAAACACUUUUAAUAAUUCCAACUCUACUGAUGAAACAGUGGUGUUUGAAAGCAUUGUCCCUCCUAGCCUUCAGUAUUUGUUUGGUGUGUCUGGAAACUUGAUCGCCAUGAUUCUCCUCUAUCGGUCGUCCGGUCGACACAAAUGGAAGCCGUUUUAUAGACUAGUUGGAGCUCUAGCCAUCACCGACUUCUGUGGAAUAGCUCUGGUAUAUCCUGCAGUAAUGGUUCGAUACAUUUCUGGAUUCACAUACGACUUCCCAAAAGAACUUUGUGGAUUUGUCUCGUUUUGGUUUUCUUUCUCUUUUCUGUCAUCUGCUUUUAUCGUCAGUGCUAUGUCGUUUGACCGAUUCCUGGCAGUCACUUUUCCGAUAUUUUACAGAAAGUCUCAAGUCAAAAGAACGAAUAUAAUUCUGGUUAUCAUUUGGAUUUUCGUAGCUUGUAUAUCAUCUCUUAAUUUAGUAGGUGUUGGCUCUGUGAAAAACUUUUAUCCGGGCUCUUGGUGUUUUCUAGACUUUGCAAACAAAGGAACACUGGAGCGAAUAAACACGUACAUAUAUUCCAUCACUGGAUUACUUGUUCUAUCAACCACUGUCGUUUUUAACAUAGCAGUUGUCUAUGCCGUAAAAAGAAAACCAAAGCGUUCAGCAUCGGACAUAAAGAGAAAGAGAAACGAGAUUUUCAUCAUUGUUUUCCUUUUCUCCAUAGUGACGCUCUUCUCAAUAUGCUGGGUUCCGUUAAUGGUCCGAAUGCUAAUAAACGCCAGCUCAAGUGACCCAAAGAAUGGACCUGAAGAACUCUUAGCAGUGCGUAUGACCAUAAGCAACGCCAUUGUAGACCCUUGGAUAUAUAUCAUCUUGCGAAAAGAAAAUCUUAUAAAAAUCUCAAAGCUAGUUCAACGGGUUCGCAAAAGUGGGCGUCUGCCAACUUUGUGUUCGACAAAGGAAUCUCCUGGAGUAUGCGAAGUUUCAACUAUAUCAACAUCUCGGACAGGUUCCACUCAGCUAUGAAAUUAAUAACCAUGUUUGUGGUGAUUGCCGAAUACGUUUUUAUUUAGCUAGGAUUGAACAUCUUGUUUUUGACUUGUAUAUUGAUUCAUGUAUAAUCUGUGUGUUCCCCUUUAUGUGUAUAAAUGUAAAAAUGCGCCAUUUCCUACAUACAAUUAACGAGUUGAUGUCGGAUGUUAUUGUCUGUUUGUUGAAAGUUAAUUUAUAAGGUUUUAGUAACUUUUCAUUAAAGCAGGUUCAAGUCCCCACCCCCUUGGAAAUAUGUUUAAAAUACCCUCAUCUCACCCGGCAAACAUAAAUGUCUUUCGGACCGUGAUCCCUCUCCCACCCCGAAAAUAAGUUGGAUCCACGCAUUUCAUUUACUCAAUAACAUAUUUAUUUUAAUUGAUUUGAGAACAAAAAACAUAAAUAUCCGAAGUUAUUACAACAAGUGAUUGAGCUACUAGUCAUUCAAAUAUAUUGAAUUUUCAAUCCUUUCAUCAAAUGAGAAUGCAGAUAUGUUGAUUCCGAUCCCGAUCGAAAAUAAAUUGAUAAAAUAUGUUUAAAUAGAUCGAUUGGUAGUCCGGUUGUCAAUAUCUGUACACGAUAAGUUAUUCUCGACCAAGAUUUGAAAGCUUUAAUAAAUUUUGAAGCACACAUUUUAUUUAUUGUUCAUACAUAUUAGCCAUUCAACAAAUUCGAAACAAACCAAAUAGAUAAGACAAAUAUUAAAUACUUUUCACAAUCAGAUGUCUCACUUUUGAACAAAUUUUAAAGGACACGAUGUUAUAUUAGUUGAAUAUGCAUGUCAAAUAUAAAUAGUUAAACAAUAUGUUCAAAUUAUGAUAUCAUCACAAAAUAUUGAAAGGCUGCGAUAUUUCAAGUCCCUCUUUUCAUGUUAUGGACAUUUUUCGAUGUGUCUUCUUGAUUACUCUAUGCAUCAAUUUAAAUCCAUUGCAGCUUAAUUUCUUUAAUAAAUGAUCUUCAUCGCAAUAUUAUGUUGUCUGUUUU